AUGCAGUCCCAGGUACCCUCGCCAAAUCAGCCUCAGGUGCCGUCGCCGCACCAGAACAGCGACCCUGGCCGCUCCCUCGGCGCUUCGCCCAACAACCUGGAUUUUGCAGCACAACUCAGCUUCAGGGCCGAUUCACCACAGGAGAAUGCUCGGCUGUUCCUCGCAGCACAGCAACGCUUCGACAUGCGAAGUCAAUCGCCUCUGUCCGCCUCGGCUUCCGCCGACCAACCCGGCUCUGGCUACCAAUCCAGCAGCGCGCAGUCGGCGUCGGGCGAUCCGAACGCUGACAACAGCGCAUCCACAUCGGCAGCUGGCUCUCGCAGGCCAUCCUCCGUCGGACGCAAAGCCUCGGGAAGUCACCGAAGCCAGAAGCACCGUUGGUCGGCCGAAGAGACGCAGGCACUCGUCGAUGGAUGCAACAAGCACGGCGUGGGAAACUGGAAAAAGAUCCUCUCCGAUCCAGCGCUUUCGGGCCUCUUUUGCGACAGAACGGCGGGUGAUCUCAAGGAUCGAUUCCGAACCUACUUCCCCGACGCCUAUCACGAGAUGUAUCCCAACGCCAAGACCCAUCUGAGCAAGGCAGUCAGAGGAAGGGACGCCGAGGGAAAGAGCAUCUUCGAAAAGGGCAAGACCAAGGAGCGACGACCGUUCACCGCGGAAGAGGACGCCGCUCUCCGCGCAGGCUACCAGCAGUACGGCUCUCAUUGGGCCUUGAUAGCAAAGGAUCCCAUCUUCAAUGGUCAGAGGCGCGCCAUCGAUCUGCGCGACCGCUUCCGCAAUGCUUUCCCCGAAGACUACGAACGCGCCGGCUUCAAGCCGCGUCCUUCCAAGGCACGCAAGGACCGAGGCCCCAGCGCAGCCAAACCAGGCGAGGGUCACCCGGCGAGAACAGGCAGCUUGACCGGCGCGCUCUCAGACCACAGCCUCUCUGAGGGCGGAUGGCGCGGAGCAGACUACGCCCUCAGCGAUGCCACCAGCGACGGCCACAUCACCGAUCACGGCAAUCUCACCGACUACAGCUACUUCACCGAUCAGGGUAAUCUCACCGACGGUGGCCAAGAGCCCCUCUUCUCGGGUCCCUCAAGCGGCGCGAGCAGCGCUCUGGGUCGGUCCAACUCAAUGGGUGGGAACAUUCCACGCCAAAGCUUUGGACAGGCAUUGGCAUCGCAGCUUCAGCAACAGCAGCAGCAGCAGCAGCAGCAGCAGCACAACAUGCAGCCCAGGCCACCCUUCCUCUCGUCCAACACAGCGCCCCUACCCGGAUCCAAUGUGCCGCUUCGAGCAUCUGACAUGGUGACAGGCCAGUCCAUCAACAGCCUCUUUGAGCAGCUCCAGCAAGCCAGCCUCGAGGGCGCCUCCACCACCUCCGAAACGAGCAGCAUUCGCGAGCGAGCCACUCCUCCUAGUGCCAGCGAGGCCGACCCAUCGCAUCAGCAGCACUUCGUCCAGAUGCACCAAUCCGCAGCGUCAGCGCAUGCCAAAGCAGCUUCCGCAGACGAUGCUCGCAGGCAAGCGGGCAAACACGCCAUCCACGACCCGAUCAACCACAAGAGAAGGAGUCACGCCUCCCGAACGGGUAAGAGCUCCGCGCUCGAACGCCUGCCCUCCGUUCACGGACACAUGCACGGCGUCCACAGUCACUCGCACGGUCAUGCGCAUCAAGCAUCGACUUCGCACUCUCGUCCGCAGUCCCAGUCUUCGAGCCAGCACCAGUCACCUGCCGGUGGUCCCGUUCCGCCGCCGAGCAACGCACAGAUUCCGCCGCUCUCUCAAACCAACGCCAUCCCACCCAACGUACUGGCCUGGCUGGGCCCCAGCUCUCAGUCUAUGGGUGUUGACGAGAGCUCGGUGAACCUUGACGAUCAGCGCGCUGCCUUGCAAGCACCUUCAUCUUGGUCUACCUACAGCUCGAGCGCCAGCGACAUCUCUGGCACCAGCUUCAACGCGUCAGGGCCAAGUGGCUUCCUGGCCAACACGCAGAACAUGUUUACCCCUGGGAUCAACUUUGGUGGUCAGCCAGGCAUCACCUCUCCCACCGGCUUCGGUUCCAACGCCUUCAUGACCGGUGCCAUGAGCGCAGCCUCCGACUCGUCCGCAUCCUCGGCAGCGGGCUCUCGCAGAUCCUCAAGCGUCGCAGACCCGUUCGCGCAGCAGAAUCUCAUCCAGCAGGACGCUGGCAAACCAUUUGCAAAUCAGCCAUCGCAGAUGCGCGACGUCGACUUCAUGGUGAAUCCUCUGCAGAACUUUGCUGAUGCGAACAACAUGGCGCAGUGGGAUGUGGACUGGGCCGAUCUCGGCAGCAUUUCGGAUUCAGGGCUCCAAGGCGACGACGUCAACGAGCUGCUCGCCUCGUUGCCCCUCUCACACCACCCAUGGGCAGGCGAUCUCCAUCAUGGAACCACGGCCGCUGUUGCGGGCGAAGCGCCGAGCUCAACUGCUGCCCAGCAGUCUUUGUCUCAGGGUGCAAGUCGCGGCCAGAUGUCGAGCGACCUGUCCAGCAUCGGCUUCUUGGGGCAAGGACAGGCCGCGGAUCAAGCCAUCCUUCGUCAAAUGAACGCGCUUGGUGCGUCGUCUCAGCAGCACCAGCACCAGCAGCAGCAAAAGCACGAGCAACAAUCUCCCACAGCCAACUUGCAGUCUCAGCCGGCCCCAAGCGGAAGUGGGCUUGGAGGAGACGGGGGCGUCUCCUUUGCCACCGUCACGUACGGCGACCCUCUGGUACGCGAGGAGAGAGAAGGCUCACCGGACUCGCUUGAACUGCAGCGAGAACAGACUUUCACUGCAAAGGACGUGGCACUUCGGCUGGCUCAGCGAGCGGAGGAGAUCGACAAGGAGGAGGACGAUUCCGAUGACGAUCAGCGACGCCGAUCUACCGACACGCUUCGCCAUGUUGAGGGUGCGCUUGAACAGGCCCUGGAGUCGGUCGAGGAUACGCGUGCUCUGGCAUUCGCACAGCAGUUCCACCGCGAUUCGGACUCGGACUCGGACUCGGAUGACGAGGCCGAAGACGAUGGAUACGAAGAGGACGAGGAAGACGAUGACGAGCUCGACUACGAGCUCGAAGCUGGCGCGCCGGACUACAACUUUGAGCAGGUGCUCGAGGAGCUGCAGGCGUCGGACCAACAGCUGGGCGGCAACGGUGCGCUGUCGAGCGACUUUUUCGACGGACCGUUCUCGGAUGCCAUCACGCCCAACUCGGGCGCGCCAGGACCGCUGCACAUGGGUCUGGACGACGUCGAUCUGUCGCAGUAUACCAAUUCAACGCCGGCAGGAGGCAACGGAGCGACCAGCGCAUUCCUAGACAUGCAGGCCGCCGGGUGGUCAAGCAGCCCCGGUGAUCAAUUCAGCCCGAACUAUGGGCUGCCGCCGCAUAUGGGCACGCCGUCGUCAGCUUUGCAAAGAGGCAGAGGCGGCAAUGCAGGGCCUGCUUAG